UCAUCUGUUUUUACUCUGACACCCUUAAGUAAAAGCCUGUGCAAGCAAUUUAUCUUAGAAGUCACCUGAUAAUUUAUUUAGUUAUUGCAAAGAAUAGAAAAACUUAAGAUAUGGAAAGCAGAAUAAGAAUCGAAAACCACAUUUUGUUUUUUAAAAUCUUUUUCGCUUACACUUUACUGUUAUGCUGUAGUGAGGCACUCUUGAUCUGAGCUCGGAUUUUUUUUUUUUUUUUACACUGACUCAAGAUCUUGACAGAGUGGCCUCACUCUGCCCCCCUCCACAUCACCCAGGAAUGUUUUCUUUAGCUCCGUCUCUGCGCGGUGACUGGCUCCUUCCCCUGUCGGCCUGCCCUCCUCCGGCCUCCUGCUUAGACGGACUGUCGCCUCGCAUCGCUCCCUCACACGGCGGCUCACUGACUCGGCUGUCACCACCGGCAGGAUGUCUCCUCUGGCGAGCCGCCUGCUCGUCCUCCUCUGCCUGGCGUUGCCUCUUUACGGCGUGGAAAAGGUGAAAAACAGAGGAUACCGAAAGGAACCCGACGUUGACAAGUGCACAGGAAACGAUGCAGACAAACCCAACUGCACUAGACACUCCUCGGACGAGGGAAGACCUCCUUGUCGGAGCAGCAUGUAUGGCAGCUGCAUGCAAGGCCCAGCAGGAACCCCUGGAAGAGACGGCAACCCCGGAGCCAACGGCAUUCCAGGCACGCCGGGCAUCCCGGGCCGUGACGGGCUCAAAGGUGAAAAAGGGGAAUGCGUGAGCGAGAUCUUUGAGGAACCCUGGAGGCCCAACUACAAGCAGUGCGCCUGGAACGCACUGAAUUAUGGGAUCGACCUGGGUAAAGUGGCGGACUGCACGUUCACCAAGCUGCGCUCGGACAGCGCUCUCAGAGUCCUCUUCAGCGGUUCCCUGCGACUCAAGUGCAAGAACGCCUGCUGCCAGCGGUGGUACUUCACCUUCAACGGGGCCGAGUGCACGGGACCCCUGCCGGUGGAGUCAAUCAUCUACUUGGACCAGGGGAGUCCGGAGCUCAACUCCACUAUCAACAUCCACAGAACAUCCUCAGUUGAGGGGCUGUGCGAGGGCGUCAAGGCAGGGUUGGUGGACGUGGCGGUGUGGGUGGGGACCUGCGCCGAUUAUCCCCGGGGAGACGCUUCCACGGGGUGGAAUUCUGUGUCCAGGAUCAUCAUAGAGGAACUGCCUAAAUGAGAAGACAGAGUGAUGUGAAAGGGAGGACCCUGUCUUUGUUGUGUAGGAGCAAGUCGCCUGACAUGCCAGAAAUAAUCAGGUACGGCCGGUUGAGGCGUGACAGAGCCACUGAUGGUACCUUGAAUGUUUUUUUUUGUUGUUGUUCUGUUUAAUUACACGUACAGAAAAUUCUGUUGCUCCGCUUCCUAGAAGUAAAUUCUGUACUGUCUUUUUUUUUUUUGUUUUUUUGUUGUUGGUCUGCUGGUGGCCUAGUAAUUGAUUACAGUAACCAUUCAAAUGUACUGUAUGACGUUUGUGUGUGUGUGUGUGUGUGUGUGUGUGUGUGUGUGUGUGUGUGUGUCAUUUCUGUCAAUAAAAUCACCUUUUUCUAAAGACUCGACUUUAUCACUUGUAGGAAGUGGAAGACGUGGGAUUUCCAGGUUUUGAGAAAUGUGGACAAGAAAACUGAGCUUAGGAACAUAUUUAUAUUUUACAGAAAAUGUCCCGUUGUCUGACUUGUGUCCAUUCGUCAGUUCAUCCUUCCAUUUUUUCCAUUUCUUCAUCCAACGUCGCGUCUUUUGAUUCAUGCAUUUAAUCAACAUCAUUCAUCUGUCAGUUCAUCUAUUAUUAACCCACCCAUCUGUUUGUCCAUUGUUUUUUUUAGCAUCC